UAUUAAUUAAAAUAAAAAAUAUCUAGGGUCAGUAUGAUGCUCUCUUUGACCUCAUAAUUGUUCAAGGGAUAGUCUCCUUCCUCAAAAAACUUUAUUUCGUAAUAUAUUUUUUCGCAAAUAAAUACUCUGUUAUUCGAUCAAAUUGGUCGAUCGACGAUUGCCCGCCGGCCGUGAUCUGAAACCCUAGCAGCUAGUAAAUGGCGUCGCGUUUUGUACGACGGCUCGCUGCGAGCCGACCCGGUGGGCUCUCCUCCUCCGCAAACCCUAGCUUCUUGUAUCGGAGCUUCUCGUCUGCCGCGUCGGAAUCCGAUCUGAUCCGCGCUACCCUCUUUCCCGGCGACGGAAUCGGGCCUGAGAUCGCCGAAUCUGUCAAACAGGUAUUUAAAGUUGCCGAUGUGCCAAUUGAAUGGGAAGAACAUUUUGUGGGGUCAUCAAUUGAUCCUCGAACCCAGAGUUUCUUGACUUGGGAAAGUCUGGAAUCCGUAAGACGAAACAAGGUUGGCUUGAAAGGGCCUAUGGCCACACCAAUCGGGAAAGGUCACCGCUCUCUUAAUCUUACCUUGAGGAAAGAGCUUAAUCUAUAUGCCAAUGUUAGACCUUGUUAUAGUCUACCUGGGUACAAGACAAAAUACGAUGAUGUUGAUCUCAUUACUAUUCGUGAAAACACGGAAGGGGAAUACAGUGGACUUGAACAUCAGGUGGUCAGGGGUGUUGUCGAGAGUCUCAAGAUCAUUACACGCCAGGCAAGUCUGAGAGUUGCCGAGUAUGCUUUUCACUAUGCCGAGACCCAUGGACGAGAAAGAGUAUCCGCCAUUCACAAAGCCAAUAUCAUGCAGAAAACUGAUGGUCUUUUCCUUAAGUGUUGUCGCGAGGUCGCAGAAAAACACCCAGAUAUAAAAUAUGAAGAGGUUGUGAUUGACAACUGCUGUAUGAUGCUUGUGAAGAAUCCAUCACUUUUUGAUGUGCUUGUGAUGCCGAAUCUUUAUGGUGACAUAAUCAGCGACUUAUGCGCUGGUUUGAUUGGAGGUUUAGGCUUAACUCCAAGCAUCAAUAUUGGUGAGGGUGGUAUUGCUCUUGCUGAGGCUGUACAUGGUUCUGCACCUGAUAUUGCUGGGAAGAAUUUGGCAAACCCAACGGCUUUGCUCCUGAGUGCUGUGACCAUGUUGCGCCAUCUGGACUUGCACGAGAAAGCGGAUAUUAUUCAGAAUGCUGUCCUGAAGACAAUUGCAGAAGGUAAGUAUAGAACGGGCGAUCUUGGCGGGAAAUCAUCGACAACCGACUUCACCAAGGCCAUCUGUGAUCAACUUUGAACAACGGUGGGUCAAUGCGUAUGCAGUUUGAUCUCAUGCAACAUUAAGUUUCUUCGAUGCAAAUUUAGUUCAACGUUAAUACAAUUGCUUUAAGGAUGUUUUUUCAAGCAAUUUUUGCUUUUGAAAUGGAGAGAAUAACGACAUUACAUAGCCCUUAUUAAGGAAAAUCUUUGGGCUUUUGCAAUUUCCAGUGGAGACUUGGUCACUCGAGUUUGAGUGCAUUUUUUACCAACAUUUUCAUAUAUUGUUAUUAUUGUUAUUAUUAUCAAUGUGUAAUAAGGUUUUAGCAUAUUUGGAAAAUUUUACUUCUCUAAUUGUGUUCUGUGAGAAAUAAUAAGUUUGUGUAUCUCUCACACACAAUGUUCCUGUGAUAUUUUUUAUUAUUUAAAUUUAAUCCAAU